UAAAAGGCAUUUUCAGCAUCAACUGGACUUCCCCUGCGCGAAAACCUUAUCCUCCUUCCCUGAACAAGGAACAUCAACGACGGCGGUUACCGGCUGAAGAAAACCAACACCAAAUGGCGAUGGCGUACGCGACCUCAUCGUCUGUGAUGUUCGCAUCAUCACCGUCUUCCUUAAACAACAACAACAACAACAGGUCUCCAGUUCUGUUUGGGUUCUCAACAAUGGCAGCCUCAGCCUCCUCUCCGAAGAACAUCGUCGGAGCUCGAACCAAUCGGAACUUCCAGAUUCGUUGCGAAGACCAGAAAGUUCAACAACGAGCAUUCGCACCGGUUGAGCAGCGGUGGAUGUUUACCGAUUCCGAUUUCACAGGACCGGACGUAUGGAACAAGACUUGGUACCCUAAAGCCGAAGAUCACGUCAACACGGCAAAGACAUGGUAUGUUGUUGAUGCGACUGAUAAAAUACUAGGAAGGCUGGCAUCAACUAUAGCCAUUCACAUACGUGGGAAGAAUCUGCCUACUUAUACACCUAGUGUAGACAUGGGAGCAUUUGUGAUUGUGGUAAAUGCUGAGAAAGUUGCCGUUUCGGGCAAAAAGAGGUCUCAAAAACUGUACAGGAGGCAUUCAGGAAGACCAGGUGGGAUGACAGUGGAAACUUUUGAUCAGCUUCAGCAAAGGAUUCCUGAAAGGAUUAUCGAGCAUGCAGUCCGUGGGAUGCUUCCUAAAGGAAGGCUUGGAAGAGAUCUGUUUACACAUCUUAAGGUGUACGUGGGACCUGACCAUCCACACCAAGCUCAAAUGCCCAUGGAUUUGCCCAUAAGAGACAAGAGGAUACAGAGACAGACCUAGGCUCAUUCCACAAAUCUUUAAUCUUUGUAAACAUGUCUCCUUAUCCCUUUCUGGAUUUACGGUUUCAUGUUCUUCGAAAUUCUUCUGUUUUUUUAAUUCCAUGGUGUAGUAGGAAGGAUGAAAAACGAACAUAAUCCAGUUGUUUUUGCUAAUUAAAUGAUUCAUUCGAAGUUUGAA